AUGCGUUUCGUCUAUGUUGUAUCAACCUUGCUAGCUGCCACCUCAGCCGUGGCAUCAGCUAUCCCUGCAGCCGCGGACGGUGCAGAGGUCGUUCCAAUUGAUGAUGCUCCUGAACUGGAUGCACCUAAUCCUACCGCUCUUGUGGGUGAGGAGGACAAUACGGAGCUCGAUAUUGAAGACCCAAAUGGUAAUUCUCUGAACAUUCUCCUCUUUGGCUCUGUGCCUAACUAUUUGGAAGAUUUUGAAGAAGCCGAUGAUGUGAUUCUGGAGAAGCGUGGAAUUUUCGACAGCGGAGCCAAUGUCUGCAAGAAGAAAGGCAUGAAGAAUUGCUACCAUGUGAAAUCGAACGGCCGAUGCAAGAACCUCGUGUCGAAGAACGGCAAACCAUUUGUGUCGGGUCGUGGGGAUGGCGGAUCACUCUGUACCGUGUAUUCGCAGAAAGGAUGCCCGUGGAUUGCCGGAAAGAGAUUUGGUUUUGACGAGCGUGGAGGAAACUUUGGAUUCAGUGCCAAGAGUCUCAAAUGCUCAGUGAAGGUUUAA